AUGAUUUCAGCUGAGGAGAAUGCGAGAGUCGAUAAGAGGUUGCAGGUUUACUCACCAGAAACCCAGCUCAAUAAUUAUAUAAAUACUGCACAGGAAGUGGGAUCUUUAUGUUAUGCUAUUCUUAUGGGCCAAGGUUUGGAAGCUCAAAGUUUGAGUCAGGAUAAUGUCGAAAAGCUAAAAAGGAGCUUGUCACUGAAGAAAGUAGAAGCCAAACUUUAUGCAGAUGCCGAAUAUCAGAAGAUUCGCGCAGAAGAUGAAGCAUCGAAUAAGAACAUAGAGAGAAUCAAAGCGGCAAUGAAGGAGACAUUGCCGCGGAUUAAGAAGUUGAAGGAAGAAUUUAAUCAGCGUAAUAAGGUUCUAAGAGCUUACAACUCAGACAUUGACAUGGUGAAUGAUAGGCUAAAAGAGAUGCACAAGGGCAAAUCGCGACUGACAGCGUCCCGAGAGAAAUGGGAGCAAAAACUUGGGACAGAAACCGUUGCGAAACUCAUUGCGUCCAAGAUUCUAGUGGUUCGGUUUGGUAAAGCGAAUACUGAAGAACUUUCUGUAUAUUCGGAUUUUUCACAAGAUACCAUGGAGCUGCGGAAACAGAAUAGCAUGAUGAAGGGUGACAUUCAAAGGCUCAAGGAAGAACUGGACAGUUACAAGUCUAAAUGGUUACACGACGUGGGUUUGGUGGACAAAAUUAGGGACGUUCUUAGGGACGAAAUUGAUAGACGACAGCUGCCAACUUCUUCUUCCACGCAAGAUGUAGAUGAGAUGGACGUUGACGAAAACAAUCCAGGCGACCAAACGAGAGAGGCUUCAGUAGACACUGGGGACAGUUACUAUAGUUCAGGUAUCGAAAUCGAUGAAAGCGUUUCAGGAGGAGAUGAAGAUAGCGUUGACAAUACAAUUGACAAAGAAGCGCCGAGUCCGAGUAUUUAG